AUGCCCGAGAAAGAGGAUGAAAUCCAACUUCAUGAAGAUGAGCAACAAGCGACGGAGACAAAACCGAAGCAACGCAAAAGACGUCGCAAGCGAAUGCUAACAGGCAUCAGCAAACAGAGAAGGCUGGCGAACGAAAGGGAGAGAAAAAGGCUUCAGGUGGUUAAUACAGCCUUUGUUAGCUUGAAGAACGUUCUACCGCUGUCGUCUGUCGAUCAAAAGAUAUCACGGAUUGAAAUUGUUCGCUUGGCAGCCCGGCACAUCGCCUCGCUCAUGCAACUCUUGCAACAUGGUGAAGAUUUGCAAGGUGUGGAGGACGAACAUUUCUGUUGUGAAGAUCAAAUUACAAGUGAUGAUGAAAUUAUCGGUAAUCAUGGUGACUCCGAUGGAUGUGAUGGAGACGAUAAUUUAGAUCUAUAA